CAAAAAAAAUUCGUUGAGGAGCGUCGUGUUUUUGAAUUUUUGCGAAUUUUUGUGAAUUUUGAAGUCAAGCUUUAAACCGUGUUUGGAACUUUGCCUAAGCCACAACCGCCAGCACAUCAGCAACGACAAAAUGACGUCCACCGAGCUAAAAAUUGGACUGACCUCCAGCACCCGUCCCUCCAGCCGUGUCCUAAAGCCCCCGGGUGGCGGUCACACCAACAUCUUCUCGGAGCCUGAGGUGGCCGUUAAUGCGCCGCGCGCCAAGUACAAUCAACAGAACUCCUCGAAUCUCAAUGCCUGCAUGGGCUCCACCGAUCCCAAUAAGGUGGUGGAGAAGCUGCGCGAAGAGGUGUCCACACAGAAGGAGGAAGGCAAAGCGGCCGCGCCCAGUCAGCCCAAGACAGAGGCGGCCAGCAAGCCGUCGGCUGCCACGAACGGAGAGGCACGCGGUCGUGUCCCACCUGGCGGAUAUUCGUCGGGCGGAUUCUGGUAGAGUGUCGGAGUGAGAGGAGCAGUGGCAGCUGCCAAGCAUUUAAUGACUCACCAACACAUCCUCAGCCCAAAAUAAACCUAUAAAUAUAACUCGCUUAUAACAUAACAUAUACACAUAUAUUUAGAGUCGCAUUAUCUAUAUUCAUACGCAGAUCUUCUCGACAAAAGAAACUCUUGAAUAGUUUUUCCCUGUUCUUCCUGUAACCCCCUCUCAUCUUGUUUGUCCCUAAACGUAAAAUGUUUAACACGUCUAACGCAAUUGUUGAAAAAUUUAAGUAACUCGUGAUUCCGCCCCAUGAAGAUUCCGGAUUGACUUUGCUAAACUUCUACCACCCACCACCGACUGCUACCGAAGUCCAAUUUAGCAUUUAUACUUAAAGUGUGUCCAAUUGAAACUUCUAAAUAGUCUGUAAAGUUUGUCCAACAUGAACUCCCCUUUUAUAACAACAACCAUCGAUGUAUUAUUCAAAAAUAAAAGAUGUAA